ACGUCAGCGUUUACAUGACGUCAUUUGUGAGCGUUGAACGUGGGGGGGUUCUUUGGAAUGAUGGCGUCAUUGCGUGUUUUUGUUGAACUUUUGCACUGCACGUAGUCAACCGUGCUCAUGAGAGGUGCGGCGGAAGGACAACGUCAUUAAAAAGUGAACACGGUGUGGUUUGAUCGGUGUUCUGAAGAAGGGUCAUUGCAUUAAACGUCACCUAUGUGUUUUUUUAAGGCAGCGUUAUUGACCGCUUAGUUUUAUAUUUUGAAACUUGUUCCGGGACGUCAGUUUACGCACGAACAUUCUGGUGGUUUGUAUAAUGACGUUUUCAAAUGGAGAACGUCAUUGCUGAUAGCACUCUGGCCAUUCGCUAGUUACAUGACCUCAUUAACACUGACGUUGAACAUGUCUGGAAAUGCAGUGACGUCAUAAUGUGGUGAAGUGACGAUUCCCAAUACUAGAGACCAACCUGCGAUGCUUGUAUCGUUUGCUUGGCACUGCUCAUAUUUGAAACAUCAAUUGUUUAACUCUGUUAUCAGUUCUCCGCACCUCCGAUUAGCAUGAUUGGCUACGUACGGUACGAAAGAAGUUAAACAUACAUGCAAAAAAACAAUCUACCAAUUAUAUUGGUAGAUUAUAUACAUUCUAGAUUAUAUACAAUUUCGAUUUAAAGCUUUCGUGACUGCAAGGAUUCAUCAUCUUGGUUCUUUCGGUAAAGUCACGUAGAAUGGUGGUGUCCCCAAUCUUAAGAUUGAGAAUAAUCUUAAGAUUGUUUUAUUCUCAUUCUACGUCAUACGCUUGUUUUAAAAGUAGGAUAAUCGAUUCUAGGCGUUGAAUUGAAGAAUCGACACAGUACGGAUCGUUAGAAUCUUUCGCGUGCUGUACACAUUACCGUGAGGAAUCGAUUAAACAAUAUCGAUUCUACACGUGAAUCGAUUCGGUGUCAUGCAAGAAGUUUGUGGGAGGCCUGGCAGCUCGGAAUGGCCUUGCAGUGCCCCGUGUGUGGCGUUCCCAUCGCUCCCGACCUCAUCAACAACCACCUCGACAGCUGCCUCGAGCUCCCUCCCGAAGACAACGACGAUGACGGCAAUGUUGACGAUCCACCACCACAGUCUUCACCACCACCACAGUCUUCACCGUCGUCGUCACUGACCCCACAGUCCAAGAGACUUCGAACCGUGAGCCCUCGUCCCGGGUCCUGGACCUCACCCUCUCAGUUGAGAACCACCGGGGGUAGUGGUGUUGGUGGUGGUGUUGGUGUCCCCGUGGCCUCAUUUCCACUCUUCAGUCAGAAGCAAAGGUCUCAAGAGAUGCUGGGACGCAGUGGUGGGAGCAGUCGGAGCAGCGGUGGUGCGACCCGGGGAGCGCACGCGGGGUGGUCGGCUGCGGUUGGGACGACGAAGACGGCCAGGGCUUCUGCAAUGCGUUCGUCAUCGGCAGCAGCAUUCGCUGCGAUAACAUCAUCAGGAUCGGCAGCAGCAGCGGCAACAACGAAGUCAUCAAAUGUUAAAACACCAGCAUCGCCGUUCGCAUCAUCGCCAUCCUCGUUCCCGUCACUGUCAUCAUCGCCAUCACCGCUAUCGGGUAUUAAUCCGUCAGGACAUGCGUUUGCUUCAUCGCCUCCGUCAGCAUUAAAUAGCAAUGCAUCGCGAGUGACAUCGAAUAUCAAUCCACCAUCACCACCACCACCGUCAAACUUCAACCCACGACCACCGGCGUCUCCCUCGUCGUUCGCCAAGCCUGCAGCCUCGUCAACCGCGGGGGGCUCCGCGGCCUCCAAGUCCGCCCGACUCGACUGCCGACCUCUGGCGGAGAGGAUGCGGCCGGACACCCUGGAGGAUCUGGUCGGGCAGGCCGAGGCGAUCGGAGAGAAGACGCUCAUGCGGACCCUGCUGGAGGCCAACGACGUCCCCUCCAUCAUCCUGUGGGGUCCGCCCGGCUGCGGCAAGACGUCGCUGGCGCACGUCAUCGCGGCCUCGUCGCGCAGGAGCGGCCGCGUGCGCUUCGUGACGCUGUCGGCCACCAACGCCUCCACGGCGGACGUGCGGGAAGCCAUCCGCCAGGCGCAGAACGACUUGCGGCUCGCGCAGAGACGGACGAUCCUCUUCAUCGACGAGAUCCACCGCUUCAACAAGAGCCAGCAGGACACGUUCCUGCCACAUGUGGAGAGCGGCGUCAUCACCCUGAUGGGCGCCACCACGGAGAACCCGUCCUUCCAGGUGAACGCGGCGCUGCUCAGCCGCUGCCGCGUGGUCGUGCUGCGCAAGCUCUCGCCCGAGCACCUGCGGCACAUCCUGGUGCGUGCGCUUCCCCAACUUGGGGCCAGUGUCCUGCACGGGCAGCAGCAGCAACAGCAGCAGCAGCAGCAGCUCGCAGACGUGGGGCAGCCCUGUCUUCCCAACGGCGCCCAGCCGGUAGCCGUGAUGGUGGAGGAGAAGGCGCUGGACACUAUCUCCUUGCUGGUGGACGGUGACGCCCGUGCGGCGCUCAACGGCCUACAGAUGGCCGUGCAGGCGGUGCUGGCAUCGUCGGCGGCAGUGUCGUCGUCGCAGGGGGACGCUGCCGGAGGCCCCUUGCCCACCGUCACGGAGGCCCACGUCAAGGAAGGCUUACAGCGCUCACACCUGCUCUACGACCGAGCUGGGGAGGAGCACUACAACUGCGUCUCGGCGUUGCACAAGUCACUGCGCGGCUCGGACGCGAGCGCCGGCCUCUACUGGCUGGCGCGCAUGCUGGAGGGUGGCGAGGACCCGCUGUACGUGGCCAGGAGGCUUGUGCGUUUCGCCAGCGAGGACGUGGGUCUGGCCGACCCACUUGCACUCCCCCAGGCGGUCGCUGCCUACCAGUCCUGCCACUUCAUCGGGAUGCCCGAGUGUGAGGUGAUCCUCGCGCAGUGUGCCACGUACCUGGCCCGCGCUCCCAAAUCGGUGGAGGUGUACGCGGCCUACAACCGGGCCAAGACGAGCGUGCGGUGCCACCGUGGCCCGCUACCGUCGGUUCCUCUGCACCUGCGCAACGCCCCCACGGGGCUCAUGCGCAACCUGGGUUACGGGCGCGGGUACAAGUACAACCCGGCCUUCGACGCACCCGUUGAGCAGGAGUACUUACCAGAAGAGCUGCGAGGCACCGACUUUUUCAAGCCGUCCUGAGCGCGGCGACGAUCUAAAAAAAAUCUGAAAGCCAUCGCUGCAGCGGCGGUGGCAUUAUAGGGUUGUUUCCGCUUCGAUUGCUUGGCCAGAGGUGUGAAAGUGCUGCCCCCACUCCCCCUACUAUGUGGGGGUGGGGAGUGAAGAGAUCUCGGAGGUAGCUCGGUGGUGUCCGCUUCUGUGGGCCUUUCGUGCAUUGCUCUGCGAGAGCUCUACAUGGGUUACUUCGUCUCGUGACGUGAUGCCGAUAGCGCAAUCGGGAUUAAAUUGACGAGAAACAUGCAAAGUGAGUCACCAUCGUGAAUAUGUAGCAUCUUUUUGGAAAUGGUUCCAUUCAGAAUUUGGUGGACAGUUCCUUUUUGCAAACGCACGAAAUUAGGCCCCAUUGUUGGGGCAAGGGGUGUUACGCUGAGGCUUUCAAACUAAGAAUGUAUGUGAAAUAUGAAUACUGAUAUGCCUUUUAGGAACGUAAUGGUUCACCCCUCACGAUUAAAUAAGGUGUCACAAUUGAUGGUUCCAACUCAUCUGUCGGCUAAAGGAAUAUAACCAUCUAUUUCUUUAUCCGACUAUGGUGGAUGUAGGAUGUAUAUCAACCACAGGGUGCAUAAUAUCACCGAUGAUAUAGCCUCUGCUGGAUGAAGGUUUUCUCAGGUCGACCCCAUCUCUUGUGUUCUCACGCAAUGCAUCAAUCCGUCCAGCACCGACGCUUGUGCGGAUUCUAUCACUCCCAUCUCCGUGGGGGACUUCCUCUUGGGUGUUGCUCACUUCUUUGGCUGCCAUUCCAUUCUCGGUCUCAACCAUCGGCCAUCAUCUCUUACAGCGGCAUGUCCUGUCCAAGCUCAUCUUUCUUCACUAUGUAAUUUUUCUCAUUUGUUUCCUGAUUCAUGUGUUCCUUUUUCUGUCUCAGUGUAAUUCCACGCACGUCUCUCUACGCUGCAUUGCACACUUCUCUGCUGUUCCCUUUUAUUCGCCAAUGUCCAUGCUGCUUCGGAUCCACACCUCCGAUUAGCACGAUAGGCUACGUAUGGUGCGAAAGAAGUUCAACAUACAUGUUAUACUAUAAAACAGUUUUGCUGGCUGGCAGGAGGGAGGGACGGACGGACUCGCUGUCUCAUUCAUUUGUCGUGUGUGUAAAUUACAACAAAGUAUUCAAUAACACUUUGUGUGUGGCCUUUAAAGGAAAAAUAUUGAAAAGGGAACGUUUCGGGCAAUGGCCCUUCACGGCACAUAAAUAGAGAGGCCAGAAGAGAAACAUGACAAUGAUAACGUCUGCUAUUGAUUAAAUUUGGCACUAAUUAGUAGUCAGUGAUUUUCUGCUCAGUACAUCACUCAGGUGCUCAUCAACUGAAUAAUACUUCCCUGACCCAGUGAUAGAAAUUUCACAUUUCUAUGGAAGAGGUGAGUCGCAUUACACAACCACUGUUGACUUACCCACAACUACUUUGUUGAACUUUGGGGGAUGAUUGACGGAGUCAACUCCCACAACCAGGAUGUGAUCUUGCAGUAAUCCUCUUGCGAGCCACUAUGCCACUAAGCCACCUGGCCAGACUACGAAUUGUAAAAUUAGAUAACAUUUUUUUUAUUAUUAUAUAUUGUACACACGUUAUACAAUACUCUUUGUUUUUUUCGGUAAAGUCACGUAGGUAAAAAAAUAAAAAUAUAAAAUAAAUUAGAAUGAAAACAAACGUUAUACAAUGUCUGCUGGGCUAUGGACAUGAGUUUAAAGCUUCCUUAAUGAGAGCAAGAUGUUAACGUUGGUCAAGCGUGUUAUGGCACUUGUGAUGUCGCUGGGACGAUUCCUAUUAGAGUAAUGUGUCCCCUCUACAAAUUACUCAUGAGAUUACACAGCGCAAUCAUCGCCCUCGACUUGCAGACGUAAUACCUGCUUACAGGCCAGAUGCCGAAACACAUUGUGCCACAAAGGUGACAACUGCCACUCAACGGGACACAUUUCUUAAAAAAAAUUGAGAUGUGAUGCAAGUUGCCUCGUUGCAUUGAAAAUACCCUGAGAUGACCCGGUGUAAAGGGCGUUUCGAUAACAAUUACUCCGGAACCCAAGGGCUGGUGAUGUGAAGGCUGUAGCCAGAGGUUACGCGAUGGAGUGGCAAUUGUUUUGCUUCAUCAUAUUAUACAACUGCAGAUUUGCACUUUGUUCACGUUUAGCAGCAAUUAUAUGUAAGCAUGGGAAUGCCGAGUAUUUUCCAUUUUCACAUUACUUCUGAUACAUUUCACCCCCAAAAAGUGUUAUGUUAUGAAUGUUUAGCAAUUGUAUAUUUUAUGAAUUUUAAAAUGUUACUGUGUUGGUCCAUUUUUUUUAAAAACGUGUUUAUGUUUCAUUUGACGCGUGACAUUUCAACGGAGCAAAAAACACGAUAAUUACUGUUGGUUGAUUGGGGUCAUUAAUCGCACGAGCAUUACCAACUUUUUAAACUAUGUACACUUGGCAGUAAAAAUGUAUUUAUAUAUAUAUCUCUCCUGUGCAUUCCUUGUAAAUUAUAUACCAAUGAAAACAACUUUCCCAUUUUCAAUGAAAUGUUAUUAGACUCGUGCAGUGUUGUGUGCAUCAAAGCAAGAUAUGUAAUGAUUUCCAUUUUUGUUGCAAGGGAUACCUGAUUUAUCUUCAAUUUUCUAUCAUAAGACAAUCCAAAAAAAUGUUGCGACGUGCGUCUGAUUGUCUAUUACUAGUUCCCAGAUUUCGAACACAAUUUUGAUCAAAAGCAUGUUUCAUGUCGCUGCCCCAAACUUUUGGAACCAAGUCUUUUCGUCUCUUGGCAUCUUCAUUCUGCCAUCUCUUGUCAUUUAUACCAACUACUGUAUUAAACUCACAAAAGUUUAAGUGAAAUGUCAUUUUCCGUAAUUAUUGUUAGUUUUUU